CCCUCUUCUGCAGACUCGUAUUUCUUUUUCUGGAUUCAAUGGAGAAGCCAGGUUUGAAUUCUCCUCUCAUAACAAGGUUGGUUUCUGCUGAUGAGAAAAAUGGGGUGGCGGAGCUUAUAGGGAGAAGAGAGGUGUUGGCUGAGGUGAGAAAGCAGCUAUAUUUGGCUGGUCCUCUUAUAACAUCGAGCCUUCUUCUGAAAAUCAUGCAAGUGAUUUCGGUGAUGUUUGUUGGUCAUCUUGGGGAGCUUUCCUUAGCCGGUGCUUCUAUGGCAACUUCAUUUGCCGGCGUCACUGGAUUCUCCUUGAUGGUGGGCAUGGGAAGUGCAUUAGAAACCUUGUGUGGCCAAUCUUUUGGAGCAAAGAAGUAUCGCAUGCUUGGUAUACAUUUGCAAAGUGCUAUGCUUGUUCUUAUGACAGUGAGCAUUCCUGUGGCUGUUGUUUGGGCCUACACAGGGCAAAUUCUCAAGGCAUUAGGACAAGAUCCAGAAAUAUCAGUAGAAGCUGGGUUAUAUGCUCGUUGGCUUAUUCCUUCUCUCUUUGCAUAUGGACUGCUUCAAUGUUAUGUUAGAUUCUUACAGACACAGAACAUUGUUUUGCCAAUGAUGUUGGGCUCUGCAGUUACAACUCUUCUUCACUUUUUAGUGUGUUGGCUCCUGGUUUUCAAGUCGGGCCUUGGAAACAAAGGUGCUGCUCUGGCUAAUUCUAUCUCUUACUGGAUCCAUGUGCUGCUGUUGGUACUUUAUGUUAAGUUAUCACCUUCUUGUAAAGAGUCUUGGUCAGGCUUUUCAAGAGAAGCCUUUCGCAAUAUUCUUUCCUUCAUCAAACUAGCAAUUCCUUCAGCCAUGAUGGUUUGCUUGGAAUUUUGGUCAUUUGAGGUCCUUGUUCUUCUUUCUGGUCUUCUUCCAAAUCCGAAGUUGGAAACCUCGGUUCUUUCCAUCACCCUUAACACAUCUUCAAUCUUAUUCAUGAUUCCCUUUGCUCUAGGAGCUGUUAUAAGCACACGUGUUUCAAAUGAACUUGGGGCUGGUCAUCCAAUGGCCGCACGUUUAGCAGUUCAAGUUGUCGUAAUUUUAGACGUAUCUAUUGGGUUUAUUGUAGCAUUGACCCUUUUUUUAGUUCGCAAUAUAUGGGGAUAUGCUUAUAGCAAUGAAGUGGAAGUGGUGAAAUAUGUUGCAGUGAUGCUUCCAAUUCUUGCAACAUCGAACUUCCUUGAUGGAUUUCAAUGUGUCCUUUCAGGCGCAACAAGAGGUUGUGGCUUGCAAAAGAUUGGCGCAUAUGUUAAUCUUGGAGCUUAUUAUGUUUUUGGCGUUCCCUCUGCAAUUCUGUUGAGUUUUGUUUUCCACAUUGGAGGAAAGGGUCUUUGGAUGGGAAUUGUAUGUGGCCUUAUUGUACAAUCUUUGUUGCUUCUUAUAGUUACAAUAUACAUUAACUGGGAUGUAGAAGCAAGAAAAGCAAGGGAUAGAGUACACUGUGAUUCCAUCCCAGUAGAUUUUGAACCAUAAGACCUCAAAAUCAGAAGCAAUUGCUAGCUUUCCAUUUAGUACUCUGAAAUAUGCAAUUUAAUGUUGUGAGGGGAAUAAAUAUGCUCUGAGUGAAAUUCUUUGAAUGUAGUGAUAAAUUUAAUCAACAAUUGGGAAAAAUGUUGCAAAUUAUUAUCAAUUUCUUGGGAUUAAAUCCCUUUCUGCAUUAAAUUUCUAUUUUAGC